AUGGAUGCAUCAACUGGGUCCGGUAUUUCUGUUGAAGACAAGGCAAUGAUUGAAGACAGCGCUGAUAUACUCUUAGCUGAUGUACCUGUCAUCAUAGACGUAGCCAACACUGCGAACAAACUCAAGUGGGCAGCUAGCACUUGGGCAGGGGUUGAAAAUCUUAUUAAAGCUAUGGAUUCUAAAAAGCCACCAAACUUUCCUAUAACAAGAAUGGGCGAGGCAUUUAACAUAGUUAUGGCGGAGUAUGUACUGGGAUAUAUACUGGCGAAGGAGAGAUUUAUCAUUGAACUUGCCAGGGAACAGGAGACAGCAACUUGGAAUAAGUCGGACUACAGUAACUAUAGAUGUCUAAGUGAUCUGACAGUCAGUGUUCUAGGAGUUGGGGAAAUUGGAAAACAAGUGUCCUGUCUGUUGUCGACUGUCGGUGUCAAGGUGAUCGGUGUAACUCGUACCAUACCAUCAGAAGAGCAAAAGAAUUCCGCUGUCUCACAAUACAGGACAAUAGACGAUCUGGCAGAGGUUUUAUCAGAGAGCGACUAUGUAAUCAACAUCUUACCCAGCACACCUCAGACUCAGGGUCUUUUAUCCAAGGACAUGUUUUCACACUGUAAAAGAAAGAAAAGUGUUUUUAUCAACAUAGGAAGAGGAGAUGUUACAGAUGAAGAAUCCUUGGUUAAAGCUAUUAAAUCUGACUGGUUGGGUGGGGCAGUGUUGGAUGUAUUUAGGGAAGAGCCCCUCCCCCAGUCCAGCCCUUUGUGGACCCUCCCUGGAGUCAUUAUUACCCCUCAUGUGGCAGGGGUCUCGCUAUCACACCUGGUAGCAAAAUCCUUCAAAAACAAUUACGAGCGAUAUAACAAAGGGGAACCGCUUAAUUUUGUCGUAGACUUUGAACGAGGAUAUUGAUUAAUGAUGUGGACAACUUUAAUCACCCCAGCCAGACGCUCAGAAUAACCACGCCAAGCCGGUCGACCUCAGUGACAUCAACCUCAUUGAAUUUAAACAUGACUACACAAAUGCUGAGUUUGAUUGUUAUUAUUUGAAGUAUAAUAAACAUGGAGUGUUUAAGAA